AACAUAACAUAUAUCUGUUCUCUAUAUAUAACCUGGUUUUAAUUGUUUGAGAGAUACAGCGCGAGAGAGAAGUUGAGAUUUAGAAAAAAGAAAAAGAAAGAAUGGCAGGAGGAGAUGAAGUGAAGGAAGUGAGGAACCAGCAAGUGCUUGCUAGAGAUUACAUCAGUGCGAUUCCGGAGGAGUCAGACAUGUACUUGAACACAAGCAGCACCAUAAAACUGAGAGUGCCAGAUGACGAUGAUUGCCAAGAGGCCAUGCUGCUCAAGAACCUCUACUUGUCCUGCGAUCCCUACAUGCGAGGCGUUAAGCACAGUGAUGAGGCAGCCUCCUCCACUCUCGAAGAUCGCAUUGUUUUCUUUGCCACUGACAAAAGUCUGGUGGCGAGGAAUGGCGGCGAGUACUGGUGGUGGAGUGGGAGCAGAGGACGUGGUGAGGAACAAGCAGGUGAUUCUGAGAGACUAUGUCUCCGGCUUCCCCAAAGAGUCUGACAUGCAAGUGACCACUGGCACUACCAAGCUGAAGCUUCCAGAAGGUUCCACUGCUGGGGUUUUGGUGAAGAACCUCUACCUCUCCUGCGACCCUUAUAUGAGAAGCCGCAUGACCAAGCGCGACCCUGGCGCCAGUUAUGUCGACUCCUUCAACGCCGGUUCGCCUAUAACUGGAUAUGGAGUCGCUAAAGUUUUGGAAUCUGCUAAUCCCAAGUUUAAGCAAGGCGACUUGGUAUGGGGGAUGACUGGGUGGGAAGAAUACAGCAUCAUCACUGCAACAGACUCUCUCUUUAAGAUUCACAACACUGAUGUGCCCCUCUCUUACUAUACUGGAAUUCUAGGUAUGCCUGGAAUGACUGCUUAUGCUGGUUUUUAUGAGGUUUGCUCUCCUAAGAAGGGAGAGACAGUGUAUGUUUCAGCAGCAUCUGGAGCAGUAGGUCAGCUUGUUGGCCAAUUUGCAAAGUUGUCUGGUUGCUAUGUUGUUGGUAGUGCUGGAACUAAAGAAAAGGUUGAUCUGCUGAAGAAAAAGUUUGGGUUUGACGGCGCUUUCAAUUAUAGAGAAGAACCUGAUUUGGAUGCAGCUUUAAAAAGGUUCUUUCCGGAGGGCAUCGAUAUAUACUUUGAAAAUGUUGGGGGAAAGAUGCUUGAUGCAGUGCUGCCGAACAUGAGGGUCCAUGGUCGGAUUGCAGUUUGUGGGAUGAUCUCUCAGUACAACCUGGAGCAGCCGGAAGGGGUACAUAAUUUAAUGCAUCUGGUCAUUAAACAGGCCCGCAUGGAAGGUUUCCUGGUUUUUAAUUACUAUCAUCUUUACGGGAAGUUUCUUGAAAUGGUUUUGCCUGCCAUAAAAGAAGGGAAGAUAACGUACGUGGAAGAUGUAGUUGAAGGGCUUGAGAGCGCUCCAGCAGCUCUGAUUGGGCUCUUUGCGGGGCGCAAUGUAGGAAAGCAGGUGGUUCUAGUUUCCCGAGAAUGACUUGAUCAGACUCGACACUCUCCUCCAUGCCUCUUUCUCUCUCUCUCUCUCUCUCUCUCUCUCAAGUCUGAACUGAAGCUUUCUUUCUUUCUUUGGCUUAGCCUAGCCUAGCCUAUAUGGUAGAAUCAUCAUCUACUGUAAAUGCAAAUGCAAGCAAAUGCUUCUUCUCCAUUUACAACUUUAUACUUGUUCUACUUGUACAAGGUUUGUGGCGAAUCUUGUUUAAUAAAUGUUGUUGAACUUUUUUGAUCUUUCAA